AAAGGGUGCGUUUGUUUGCUCUUUUGGUUCCUUAGUGCUUUAAGCCUCCUCCCUUCUUCAAUCCCAAAUUUCCUAUUCAUCAUUAACUUGGGAGUUUCUUUUAGACCCAUAAAGCUUCUCAGUAUCUCUUCCAACCUUUGACCAAAAAACAAAAUCUCUUCCAACCUUCAUUCUCUUCACCAGAACCACUAAAAAGGCCCUCUCCUACACUUACAUCAUCUUCUUUUAUACUUAUUGCCUGUAAGAAAGGUGAUUCUAGUGUAAAGUGAUGGCAUUAGAAGCUGUUGUUUAUCCAAAAGAUCACAACGCACUUAGCUAUGUGUCCAAAGAAUUAUACUCCAUUCCUAACUGGGGUUAUGAUUUUAGCUUACAAGAGGAUAUUCAAGACAAAGCCCUUGUUGGACUUCUUGAUCAUCAGAAUAACAUCAUCCACCACCACCAACAAGGCAGUCUCAAUGAAAAUUGGGACUACAACUGCUCAUCAUGUGCUCCUUCUCUCCUGCAAAACGUGAAGGAAUGGGAUCCUCAUUCUUCACCGGAGGCCUUGAAAUCACCGCCACCGCCACCAGCAACGACAGGUAGACGCAAACGCCGUCGUACCAGAAGCAGCAAGAACAAAGAAGAAAUGGAGAACCAACGCAUGACGCACAUUGUAGUAGAGCGCAACCGCCGCAAGCAAAUGAACGAGUACCUCGCCGUCCUCCGCUCUUUGAUGCCAACUUCUUAUGUUCAAAGGGGGGAUCAAGCAUCAAUUAUUGGGGGAGCCAUUAACUUUGUGAAGGAGCUAGAGCAACUGUUGCAGUCCAUGGACGGCAGCCAUAAGAGGAGUACCAAACCAGAACAAGUACCUUUGGCUGACUUCUUCACCUACCCCCAGUUCUCCACACCUGCAACGACACAGUGUAACAGCAACUCUUCUUCAUCCACAUCGUCAUCAUCUGGGGUUAUCCAAGUAAACGACGAGCCGUCCAUGGCUUAUCUGAGCAACAAUAACAAUAACCAGUUGCCAGCUGCAGACAUAGAAGUGACCAUGGUGGACAGCCAUGCAAAUCUUAAGAUAUUAUCCAAGAAGAGGCCGAGGCGGUUGUUGAAGAUGGUGGCCGGGUUUCAGAGUCUUAGGCUCACUGUCCUUCACCUCAACGUCACCACUGUUGAUGAAAUGGUCCUCUACUCUGUUAGUGUUAAGAUUGAAGAAGGUUGCCUGCUAAACACUGUCGAUGAAAUCGCAGCUGCUGUUAAUGAAAUGCUGCGGAGAAUCAAUGAAGCUAGUUUUAGCUGAUGAACUUCCUUAUUUUCUGAACUUGAAAAUUCCCUUUCAAUUCCUUCUUUUUACCCAUGAGUGGAUUCGAUUUUUCUUUCACUUUUAACCUUGUUUUGUACGGUCCUUUUCUGAUCAUACAUUGUACAGUAUGUAUGGUGUGUGUUUGCCCAUUGGGGAAGGACUAAUCUGAUUUCUCAA